GCAAAGUGGUUUCUCCCACUUGCUUCAAUGGUGGACGUUGCAUGCCUUCUGUUUACAUCGAUGCAUCGUAGUUGUACAGAAGUGGUGACCACAAAGCUGUACCAGUAAGGCCUGAUUAAAAGGGAUACAUACACCCAGGCCAUUACAGAGAGAGUGCUGUAAUGGCUUACUCGCAGAUCCGACUGAAAAUUCUCCCCAGCGUUCGAUGUCUCUUUGAUAAACUGGUGCAGGUACGAGUAGAGGGACUCACUCCUCACAAACAAGUCCAACUGAGGUCCAGACUAGUUGAUGACAGAGGGUGUGUUUUCAAGGCUUCUGCCCUGUACAAAGCAAAUGAAACAGGCCAAGUGGAUGUCUGCCGUGCACCCUCUCUGGGAGGAAGUUACACCGGAGUGGAGCCCAUGGGCUUGUUUUGGGCCAUGGCACCGGAGACUCCACACAGUAAACUCCUGAAGAAGAAUGUGCUCAGCCCAACACUUGUGGAGAUCGAGGCGAUGAGUGCAGAGACUGGUGAGCUGUUAGCCUCUGAAACCAACGAGAGAGGAUACAUGACAGAGGGGAUGAAGAGAAUACCUGUGCGAGAGGGAAGGAUACGAGGAGUCCUCUUCAUACCACCAGGUGAGGGUCCAUUCCCAGGAAUAGUGGAUUUGUACACAUUUGGUGGACGUCUCACAGAGCCCAGAGCCAGCCUGUUGGCAAAUAAAGGGUUUGUCGUUCUUGCGCUGGCCUAUAUGGGCUAUGAGGAUUUACCAAAAAACCCUAAAAAGUUGGAUUUGGAGUACUUUGACGAGGCUGUGACUUAUCUGAGGAGACAGCCAGAGGUUAAAGGUCCGGGGAUCGGCAUCAUAUCGAUCUCUCACAGUGGCGGUGUGGCUCUGUUCAUGUCCUCUUUCCUCUCUGGGAUCUCAGCCACCGUCUGCAUUAAUGGCUGCAACGCAAAUACUGUGAUUCCUUUACACUACAAAGACCUCAUUAUACCACCACUUACCCCUGUCCUGAAGAAUAUUAAAUUCACAGACUCUGGGCUUUUAUAUGUACGUAAUGGCUUACCUGACCCUUCUUUGGAAAAGAACAGGGCGUCACAGUUCCCAAUUGAACGUGCCAGCUGCCACUUCCUGUUUGCUGUUUCUGAAGACGACCACAACUGGAACAGUGUUUUCUUUGCCAACCAGGCUGCUGCUACGCUAAGAAGUCAUGGCAAAGAGUCUUUUCAGGUUGUUACAUACCCUAAAGCUGGACACUUUUUGGAAGUCCCUUACAUGCCUCAUUGUCCCUCUGGGUUUCAUGCAGCCGUAGGGAGCGAGGUGGUGUUUGGUGGGGAGCCAAAAGCCCACUCUGAGGCUCAGCUCGAUCUGUGGGAACGAGUCCAGCAGUUCUUCAAGAGCCACUUGGACAACAAGAGUAGGCCUACUUGUUAGCUAGCAAUGCUGAAUCAAGUGUAUCAGAAUGCCAGAAGGGCUGUCGUUAGUAACACUUGACACUGCCUUCAGUUUCUAAUGAAUGACAUUUUCAAAGGUGUACUUAAUGAUACUUAACGAGUACCAGCACGGAAGGUAAGCAAUGUAAUGCAUUGGCCAGCGGCAGCAGCAAAACACAUUUUAUUAUACCUAAAAGAAUUACCCACCAAAAGAUGUAUUAUGAUUCUCAGUGUAUACUAUAUUUAGAAUAUUUUCACAACAGCCCUCCGCCACAAGGAACUAAAGCCUCUAUAUCCAUCUUUGAUGAUAAUAAUAAUAAUAAUAAUAAUAAUAAUCUAUAGUCUCUUUAAAGCCAUCUGACCUUGACAAGUAAUUUGACCUUGUUGGUAUUUUAAAGGGUAAGUUUGGAUUCACCAAAGUCACACAAUCUAAUUAAAACAUUCAUCGAAAUCAAUGCAGCGAUAAACCAUCAAAUCCACUGUCCUGCAUGUCCUGCAAGGUAAAAUAACUGUUGUCGAUUGAGUCAUGGUCCUAAAAAGCACAUAGGCUUCAGUUUUCCAUUGAAAAGGACUGGAGUCAAGGAAGGGCAGUGAACAUUAUCUUAAUAUGACUUGACACUGCUUUUUUUUUUAGGUGCCUAAAGUAAUGUGUUGCUGAUGCCCCCAUCCAAAGCAGUACAUUGUUUUUCUACUGGCUUGUAUUCAUGUAGUUUCUACAAACCAGGGGAGUGCCAACUGCCAUCUACUGUAUGUGAUACACUGACAAUGGAGAAGAACCUCAUAUAACCCUGCUCCAAAACAGCCAAACCAAUCUGAAUUUGAUUCCUUUAUUGACUUUUGUAGGGCCGGAACAAACUCAACACGCUUUGGAUCCAACACAAGGUCAUGUAUUCACAUAGAUUUCUCUUUCACAGCAGAUAUGUUGACAGGUCCUUGCAGGAUAUCACAGGUGAAGCUAACAUCAAACAUGACGAUGCCUCAGUUCCAUUUAAAGGCAAGGCAGUGAGUGGAUGCAUAAUACCAGGACUGUGACCUGAGGCAUGCUGGGAAAAUUACCUCCAGUAUCUUUUUACAUAACACUCUACACAAUUGCAGUUUUAUCAUCCUAAAUUCCUUGUGUUUCUGAUACAAGUUUGUUAAUUCAGUGUUUGAUUGGAAAAGGGCAAAGUAGUUUAAUAUUGUGUUCUUUUAGUGGCAUCAGUGUGACAAUGUGUUCUUAUUGUUUUGCAUUGACCAUUUAUAUGAUUGUGUUACAUUUCAUCUGCUUACAUUAGCUCAGUAGUGAAGUGUAAGUAUUUCCGUUUUCAUUUUUAUAAUAUUGAAUUAGCCUAAUAGAUUGUGAUUUAUUAUAGGUUAAUGUUCACAGCAGCAUAUCAAAUAGUCGAAAUAAUCUGUAUCUCUUACCAGCAAAAAACACUAAUGAAUCCAUCAUUGUAAUACAACAAUAUCCAA